AUGAAAGUAGCCUGCAUAUUUCCAAAUACGUUAUUCUCUAUAGAUCAAGAAUAUUCAUUGUACCCAACUGUGGGAGAAAUUUAUGAAUAUUAUUUGGAGAAGUUUAUAUCAGAAACUUAAUUAAUGUGCAAAACUUAACCUUAAGUUCCAAAUGUGCAAGUAAUAAAUUAAUGCGAAGAAAUAUACUCAACAUAAGGAAAUUGUAAAAUAUUAAGAAUAUUAUUGUAGAAUUUAUAUCUAUAUCAUCAAACAAUACUCAUUUUGGUACUUUGACUAAUAAUAAUGAAGUAAUUAUUUAUGAAUGGAAAAAUUCAAUGAUUUAAUAGAUUGGAUCAUCUAUAAAAAUUAAUUCUUCAUUUAAUUGUUUUAAUAUCGAUUUAUCUUCAUAUUUUUCAAUUUUAGUAGAUUGCUAUUACAACAAUGAAUUUAUUUUAAUUCAAUUUAUUGAUGGAUAAUUAAUAGAUGUUUAUCAUAUAUAAUCAUCUGUACCUACUUAAACUAAAAUAUAAUCAAUUAUUAAUGAAACAAAUCCUUUUAUUGUAUAUGCCUAAUAUUUUUAGAAUUAUUCAAUACUUACACUAUUUUCAUCAAAUUUUUGUAAUUAAAGUAGCUUAAAUUACUAAUUUGUCGAUUUUGAUAUUACAAUUACAAUAAAUCCUCAUAUUUAUGCGAUUACUUCACAAGAGAUUUUUUAAUUAUCAAUAUCACCAAAUUCUCAAUUUAAUUAGAUUAGUAAUUUUAGUUAGGAUGGUAUGAGUAAUUUUAAUACUAUUAAUGUUUAUUACAAUUUUCAAAGUUACUCUUAAUGUGAUCAAAUAUAUUUAAUAGAUUCAAAUGGUUAGAUUGCUCCAUUCUUAUAAUGUGAAAAUUAAAUAACAUAUUUAAUUAAUGAUCUAUUUAUUGAUAGAGAAUAUUCUUAAAUUUAGAAGAUACUCUAAAGUAGUCUAUUUAUAAUAUAUUAAUUUAUUGAUACGAUAAUUAUUCUAUAAUAAUAGGCAACCUCAUACUACGAAUAUACUCUUUAAAAUUAAGGUAAUUCACUAUUAUAUUUCAAUUCUGAUAAUGAAUUAUUUUCAUUUAAUCAAGAGAUCAUAGUUUAUAAAAUCUCAAUAGCUUCCUUGUAAGUCAACUUAACUAAUUUAGAAAUUGCAGGAAAUAAUUAUACAUUUUCACUUUAUUGUAAAUAUUUUGAACAAUUCAUAUAAUUUAAAUUUUAUCUUUAAGUAUUAGCUUAGAAUGAUACAAAUAUAUAUGUAAUGUUUAAUUAAGAUUUCACAUAAUAUUAAACUUCAUUUAAAUUAUCAGUUCAAAAUAGUUUUUUGAGUUUUUCAGGAUAACUAUUACAAUAUUAGUUAAAUCCAUAAGACAUACCUUUAAAAUUUACAUUAAAUGCUUAACAAAAAGUUUGUGAAAGUAGUUAAAAUUAUUAGUUAGUAUAAUUAUUAUCUCUUUACGGACAAAAAUACUAUUUAAUAGGAUAUAUUAAUUAGUCACUUUAUAUAUUGUAAAGCAGUCAAAUUUGCUAAAUGAAUCUAUUAAAUUCAAUUAACAUCACUAUAAAUGCAAGUUCUUUAUAAGUUGCUUAUAGCAUUUAUCCUAAAAUGAUCAUAAUUGGACUGAGAGCAAAUAAUGCAAUAUAUUUGUUUUAAUACUUUGAUGAUACCAAGAACAUAAUAAAUUAUUAAAAUUUUACUUUUUAAUAAAACUUCUCAGAUUAUUUAGUAACAUAUAAUAGUAUUAUAAUUCUAUUUCCAAAUCAAGAGAUUCAAAUACUAACAUUAAAUUUUACAAAUACAUUUACUCUAAAUUAAUAGUCAAUUAAUAUAUUGUUCAAAAACAUUCUGUUCAAUCCUUAAUAAAUAAUUGUAAAUACAUAAUCAUAAUCAUCUAUUUUAUAUAUCAAUAAUAUUAAUGAAGUCAUCAUAAUAUCAAUAGAUUAAAGUAGUAUUCCAAUACCAAUUUCUUUGAUGCAAAUCAAUUUUCCAAUUAAACAGAUAAACUUAGUAGGUAUUUAAUUGAUAUUUUCAUAUCUAUGUAAUAAUCAAUAGAAUAUUUGCUUCUAAGUUUGGAAUGUGUAAAAUUUACCAAAAUACUAUUAUGUAAAGAAUCUAUAUAGUGUUAAAUUUUUGAAUCAAAUGAUUUAAUCUGAUAAUCUAUACUUAUAUAUAACAUUUAGUAAUUAUACUGUUUAUGCUUAUAAUCCUCAAUUACCAUAUCAUAUGAGUUUAAUAUAUAAAUUAGAAUUAACAUCACCAAUUAUUUGCACUUAGGCAAUUUAAGACGUUUAACAUCAUUAUGAGCCUGUAGACUUAUAUAUUUAUUCAAUAAUACUGGUUUCAGACAACAGUGUUUAUUAACUUUAUUUAUACUAACAAUUUGAAAUAUCUGUGGAAUAUUACAAUGAAGACUUUAACAAUUCAAUAAGUUACCCAUAAUUUAUUUAUAAUUAUAGUGUAACAUCAGGAUUAAAUCAAACAGCUUUUUAAUAGACCCCUAAUUAAAGUAUUAUUUUAUAUUCAAAUUACACAAUAUUUUUGAUUUAAAGAAAUUUAUCAUUUAAUUUAAGUAAAGAUUAUAUAAUCCCAAAUACUAAAUUGAUCUCUUAUCCAAUGAAUUUAUUUAUAGAUAGAUAAGUUGAAUAUUGCAAUUUAACUCGAAGCAAAUAUUGUUAUUUAACUUAAUUUUCUCAUUAGACUAAUAACAUUUCUAAUUUUCAGAAUUUUUACUUAAUGACUUAAAUAAAUAAUGAAUUUUUUGCAUUAUAGAAUAACUUUUACUUAUAAAUAGUAAAUAUUGAUUUAAAUAAUCUAUCGAAAAUAAAUUAUUCAUAUCUAAAUUUUAGUACAUGUUUACAAUCAACAUCAUAUAUUUACUAAUUAUAUUCAAUUUGUGAAAAUAAUACUGCAUAGUAUUUACUCAAUUUUACAUUAAACUCUUCAGGUACAAUAAUAUAACUUGAAACUACUUAACUUCCAUAAAGAGUAAACAUUACCAAAAUAAGCAGUGUAUUAAACCAAAUUUUUAUAUUAUCUAAUCAAUAAGAAUUUUAUUGGCUUAAUUAAUCUAACAAUACCUUAUAAAUGAAAAUUAUUAGUAGUUGCCAAGAUUAUUCUAUUGCAUUAAUUCCAAAAGUUAAUGAAGAUAUUUAAUAAGAUAAAAUCAUUAUUUUCUACUAUAAUGAUUAUUUUGUAUAUUAUAAAAUUAUGGUAAUUUAAGAUUAAAGAAUAAAUUUUUAUAAAUAGAUUAAUGUUUACAUUAAUUUUUGCGAUAUAUCGUAAUUAUGCUAUCAACAUUAAAUACAAUAUUUUUAAAUUCUAAUUUUAUAAAUAUAUUCUCACCGAGCAAUUAUACUUUUGAAUGAUAUAUAUUUUAGCUACAUCAUUUAUUUACGAAUAGAAAAAUUUUCAUUAUAAAGUUAAAGCAAUUAAAAUGGCACAAUUAUUGGAACUAUUCCAAAUUAUGGUUCUUUAUAGAUUAGUGCUAAUUCUUUUUAUUAAGAUGGAGUUUUGAUGCAACAAUUUACAUAGAAUAACUUAAGUUAAUUUAUAGUUGGAGUAUAUUAUUUGAAUAGUCUCUUAGAUAAAAAUUUGAUGCAACCCAUUUUGAUGCAAGGUUCAUUUAAUACUACAAACCCAAAUUAUGCAAUGAUUAUAAAUAAAAAUUAUCAAAAUGGAACUUCACUAUAUUUUUAUAACUAAUCGAUAUAUAAUUACCCAAUAAGUAUUUGGAAUAUCACAUGUAUUUUGAAUAGCCACACAUAUCAUGAAAUUAACGUUUAAAUAUGUUGCUAAAAUGAAUUUUCAAACGGGAAUUAUAACAUUACAUUCUACCCCCAUUAUUUAGAAUAAUCCAGUAAAAGCUCAAUAUAUGCUUUGAUAUCAAUUAUUGGUUUGCUUCUAUUGUAUUUUUACAUUAAAGUUCAACAUAAGACAAAGAAUUUAGGAUAUAUUAAAUCAGAAAUUGAAUUAUGA